AUGUCGAUUCGGCUUCCAUACGCAGUGGUCGCGGCCGACUUGGAUGGGAGCUUGUUGACUCUCGAAAGCCGUAUCAGUGCACGCGCAAAGGCAACUCUGCAGCGUCUUUCAGCGAAGGGCGUGCAUGUUGUGUUGGCGACGGGGCGCCACUACCCCGAAGUCGCGAUCAUUCUGGAGAAGCUCGAGCUGCCGCGUCCUGGCUUCUUCAUUGCUUGCAAUGGGGCCCGUGCGCUCAUGGGUGGCAAUACUUUCCCGAGCAGCAGGGCAUCCGGCCAUGGUGACGUUGGAUUUCUCUUGGAGAGCGAUAUCGACCCUGAUGUGGUCUGCAGCAUACUGCAGCUUCUGCCGGAUGAUGAAGAGGAGGUCAACACCAACUUGUUUCAGGCGGAUGAGUGGAAGAGUAGUCUUGACUGGCUGGACCAACUCCGGUAUCACCAGGAGAGCGGCUUCCGCUACUCGGUGGUGAAGCCACGCACUCUUGUGGAGCAAUAUAGGCUCUAUCUGCAGCAGAGAGGUGGUGGGCCUAGUAAUACUAGUUUCCAGAAUCCGCUCGUGAAGGUCGCAAAGAUUGCGUUCAUCUCUGACAACAGUGAACGCCUCUACGAGCUGUGGAAACGCAUCAGAGUAGAUUUCAAAGGAAAGGUGGAAGUGGCACUUUCCUCCUACUGCUUGGACGUCUGCAAUGCGGGGGUAACGAAGGGGAAUGCCAUUAAGCAACUGCUGCCGCGGCUGGCGCAUGACGGCGCACCAGUAUCCCUGGCGGAAUGCAUUGCCUUCGGCGACGGCAUGAACGACAAGGAGAUGCUGGAGACUGUGGGAAAAGGCUGCAUCAUGUCCAACGCGUCGCAACAAUUAAAGGAGGCGCUACCGCAUUUGGAGGUUAUCGGUUCGAACGCCACGGAUGGUAUUGCCAACAAACUGUCGAGUGUAUUUGAGCUUGACUGA